AACAUUAACAUUCGUAGACUACAGACUCACUCCAUUAUAAACCAGGUUCCCCAUUCUCUUCUUCAAUAAUCAAUCAAUCAAAACCAAAAGUUUCAAGUCACCCAACAAAAAAGUUUCAAGUCUCUUUGAACAACAUGGCUUCUUCUUCGAUGUCUCUCGAAUCCAUCUCUAUGACUACUAUCAACAAUCUCUCCCGUGAUCAUCACUUUCAUCGCAGCUCUCUUCUUGGUUUCUCCAGAUCUUUCCAAAACCUUAAGAUCUCAUCUAACGGUCCAGAUUUCUCCUCCCGUUCCAGAUCCACUCCCAAGUAUCUCUCCCCUACUCGAGCUUUCUUCUGGAAUUGGGGCAAGUCUGAAAAUUCCAGACCAAGCAAAAUUCAAGAACUCAACGUGUACGAGCUCAACGAAGGAGAUCGAAACAGCCCAGCAGUUCUAAAACUCGGCAAGAAACCAGAGCUCUGUCUCGGAGAUCUUGUCCCAUUCACCAACAAACUCUACACCGGCGAUCUCAAAAAACGCGUCGGAAUCACCGCCGGUCUCUGCGUCUUGAUCCAACACGUCCCGGAGAAGAACGGUGACCGAUUCGAAGCCAAUUACAGCUUCUACUUCGGCGAAUAUGGUCACUUGGCCGUACAAGGACCGUACUUGACUUACCAGGACACGUUCCUCGCCGUCACUGGUGGCUCAGGGAUCUUCGAAGGUGCGUACGGACAGGUUAAGCUUCGUCAGCUUGUGUAUCCGACGAAACUGUUCUACACUUUUUACUUAAAGGGUAUUGCUGAUUUGCCGUUGGAGCUCACCGGAACGGCGGUUACGCCGUCGAAGGAUGUGAAACCGGCGCCGGAAGCUAAGGCGACGGAGCCGGGGGCAACCAUAAAAAACUUUACUAAUUAGUUUUUGUGUUUUUCAUUUUCUCGUGUCCGUAUAAUAAAUUGCUUCUUUUUAUAAAAUAAAGGUUUUGAGUACUAUGGAAUCUUUUGAUGAGUGUGUGAGUUUAGUUAAAUGCUGUGUUGGAGGAAUAAAAAAUAUUUAUUUUA